UGCCUAGGUUACAGGUGUGUGCCACCAGGUCAGGUUUAUUCGGUGCCAGGGAUCAAACUCAGGACUUUGUGCAUGCUAACUAGGCAAACACCAACUGAGCAACAUUCCCAGUCCCUUUUACUUUUCAGGGUGUCCCUUCUAUAUCCCAUUACCUGCACAGUAGCAUGAGGGAACUUUCUAAAACCGUAAAUUAGACCUUGGAAUUCCCUGCUUGGCCUCCCAUUCCACACAGAAGGAAUUCCACAUUCCAUGCGGUGGUUCAACCUGUCUCUCUGAGCUUUCUUCACAGGCACACACAAACAGCCACCAAGCUCCAGCCUCAGGGACUUUGGGUUUCCCUCUGCCUGGAAGCACCCUUCCACCUUGUCUGAAUGGCUGUCACUUCUCAGAGGCCUUCCCAGAUUCUUUUCCUGUAAAGCAGCGCUCCUCGCCGACCCGGGUCUAGUUUCUUUGGUCUUUGCAGUCUUGUUUUGAGUCCAUACUCCCAUCCAGCAGCCCACAUCGCAAAGAAUCUGCCAUACAUACUGAGCCCGGGCAUAAUGUAGGGCCCUAUGGGCACCUGGCCACCGAAACACAGGUGGAUGCAGCGACAUCUGAGCUGAGACCCGAAGGCCCGGGAGAGCGAGGCUGUCUCCGAGCUCCUGCCUGCUAUCCGUCUGAAAGAAAGGGGGUAUGGUUUUCAGGGUGAUGCCAACAGUGACCGGGCGCAGAGCGGAUCGCACCGGAGAUCAGGUUCCCCGAGAGGGCGACACGCUGGUCCCGGGAUGAAUCUGGGUCAGCUCCCUGUUCCACGCGAGUCCCCGAGCCGCGUGGGGGAGGCUGGCGACACCCGUGCGUGCAGGCCUGCGGUCGCUCAGCCCCUUCCGUGUCGCCGCCGUGGCAACCGCUUCCGCCGGGAGGCCCCGACGUGGCGCAGCUGUCCAGGGACCUGACGCUGGCGGCUCAGCCAAUGGCGGCGAGUGCGGGGCGGCCUCCCGCCGCCAGAGGGCGCCGUCGUGAGCGCCGCGGGCAGGCAGCCACCGCGGGUCGGAGAGGGAAGCCGUGAACGAGCAAGGGCGAGGGAGAGAGAGAGCGUAGGGCCCCACAGCCGUCCCAGCGUCCCGCACCGCCUGCGUUCCGGGCGCGGCGUCCCGCAGAUUCCUCAUUUAGCAAGUGGAUGUGCGGGGUAACAUGUCCAGCGUGUCCGAGGAGAGAAGAAAAAGGCAGCAAAACAUUAAGGAAGGACUGCAGUUUAUCCAGUCUCCGCUGUCAUAUCCAGGGACUCAGGAACAAUAUGCGGUAUAUUUGCAUGCUCUUGUGAGCAAUCUUUUUAAUGAAGGAAAUGAUAUUUAUCGGGAACAUGAUUGGAGUAGCUCAAUAAGCCAGUACACAGAAGCUUUGAGUAUAGCUGAUUAUGCAAAGUCUGAAGAAAUUGUAAUUCCUAAAGAAAUCAUUGAAAAACUACAUAUAAAUCGUAUUGCCUGCUAUUCUAAUAUGGGGUUUCAUGAUAAAGUUUUAGAAGACUGUAAUACUGUCCUCAGUUUUAAUGCAAAUAAUUGCAAGGCUCUGUACCGGAAGUCUAAGGCUCUGAGUGACUUAGGACACUACAAAGAGGCUUAUGAUGCUGUAGCACAGUGCUCCUUAGCAGUGCCUCAGGAUGAACAUGUAAUAAAACUAACUCAAGAAUUAGCUCAGAAAUUGGGAUUUAAAAUAAGGAAAGCAUAUGUUAGAGCCAAGCUCUCACUGAAACCAGUUCCUGGGGAUGGGGCUGCCAAGGCUGUGAACUAUUCUGUGGAAGAUAUUGAGCCAGAUUUGUUAACCCCAAGGCAAGAAGUAUUUCCGGUUGUCUCCUUACCUACAUCCAGUUUUUCUCAUGACAUUGGGAGUGAGCUGGCCUCAGUUUCUAUUAUGCCCUUAGCUUCUGUUUUGCAACUGCAAGUGGAUGAGAGCUCUCUGCCAUCCACAAUGUUGGCAAAUGGAGGGAAGAUCCCCUUCACCAUGCCAGAAGCUUUUCUAGAUGAUGGAGACAUGGUCCUUGGGGAUGAAAUAGACGACCUCCUGGAUUCUGCACCAGAAGCAAAUGAUGCUGUUUUGCCCUCAACUCUGGUCAGAGGACCCCUCCCAACAGCCAGUAUGACUCCUAGCUUGCCCUUCACCACGACAUCCCUGCUUGGAACCUUGCCUAUUGGUGCGAGGUAUGCUCCUCCACCCUCCUUUGCAGAGUUGUAUCCUCCUCUGACCUCAUCCUUGGAAGAUUUUUGCUCUUCUUUAAAUUCAUUUUCAAUGACUGAAUCCAAAAGAGAUCUGUCCACCUCAACUUCUAGAGAGGGAACAACGCUUAACAACAGUAAUUCUUCCCUUUUACUUAUGAAUGGACCAAGUAGUUUGUUUGCCUCUGAGAAUUUCCUGGGAAUUUCAAAUCAGCCUAGAAAUGACUUUGGAAACUUUUUUGGAAGUGUGAUUGCUAAACCAUCUUCCUCAGGGACUCCAAGGCAUCCCCUCGAAGGAACCCAUGAGCUGAGACAAGCUUGCCAGUCCUGCUUUGUUAAAUCAGGCCCUAAGUUAAUGGAUUUCACUUACCAUGCUAAUAUAGAUCAUAAAUGUAAGAAAGAUAUUUUAAUUGGUAGGAUAAAGAACGUUGAAGAUAAAUCAUGGAAAAAAAUACGUCCAAGACCAACAAAAACAAAUUAUGAAGGACCAUAUUAUAUAUGUAAAGAUGUUGCUGCGGAGGAGGAAUGUCGCUAUUCUGGCCACUGUACAUUUGCUUAUUGCCAAGAAGAGAUAGAUGUGUGGACCCUGGAAAGAAAAGGGGCAUUCAGUCGAGAGGCUUUCUUUGGUGGCAAUGGAAAAAUCAACCUCACUGUAGUCAAACUUCUCCAAGAACAUCUUGGAGAAUUUACAUUUCUUUGUGAGAAAUGUUUUGAUCAUAAACCUAGAAUGAUAAGUAAAAGAAAUAAAGACAAUUCCACUGCUUGUUCUCACCCGGUUACAAAGCAUGAAUUUGAAGACAAUAAGUGCCUUGUCCACAUUUUGCGAGAGACCACAGUAAAAUAUUCCAAAAUACGCUCUUUUCAUAGCCAGUGUCAGCUUGAUCUAUGUCGACAUGAAGUUCGCUAUGGCUGCUUAAGGGAAGAUGAGUGCUUCUAUGCCCAUAGCCUUGUUGAACUGAAAGUCUGGAUAUUGCAAAAUGAAACAGGUAUCUCACACGAUGAUAUUGCUCAAGAAUCUAAACAAUAUUGGAGAAAUUUGGAAGCAAGCAUGCCUGGAGUUCAGGUACUUGGCAAUCAAAUAAUGCCUGGAUUUCUUAAUAUGGAGAUAAAAUUUGUGUGUGCUCAGUGUCUGAGACAUGGUCAAGUCAUUGAACCAGACAAAAACAGAAAAUAUUGUAGUGCAAAAGCACAGCAUUCGUGGACCAAAGAUCGUCGUGCAAUGAGAGCGAUGUCUUUUGAACGUAAGAAGUGGAUGAACAUCCGUCCUCUCCCCACAAAGAAACAAAUGCCUUUACAGUUUGAUCUAUGCAACCAUAUUGCUUCUGGGAAAAAAUGUCAAUAUGUUGGGAACUGUUCAUUUGCUCAUAGCCCUGAGGAACGAGAAGUGUGGACUUACAUGAAGGAUAAUGGGAUACAAGAUAUGGAACAAUUUUAUGAACUCUGGCUAAAGAGUCAAAAAAGUGAAAAAAGUGAUGAUGUAGCCAGUCAGUCAAACAAAGAAAAUGGGAAACAAAUUCACAUGCCAACAGAUUAUGCUGAAGUUACCGUGGACUUUCACUGCUGGAUGUGUGGGAAGAACUGUAACAGCGAGAAGCAGUGGCAAGGCCACAUCUCUUCUGAAAAGCACAAGGAGAAGGUUUUCCACACCGAAGAUGACCAGUACUGCUGGCAGCACCGCUUCCCCACGGGAUACUUUAAUAUUUGUGAGAGGUAUAUGAAUGGUACCUGUGUAGAAGGAAGCAGCUGUAAAUUUGCACAUGGAAAUGCUGAACUUCAUGAAUGGGAAGAAAGAAGAAAUGCCCUAAAGAUGAAACUCAACAAAGCACGAAAAGAUCACUUAAUUGCCCCAAAUGAUAAUGACUUUGGAAAAUAUAGUUUUUUGUUUAAAGAUUUAAACUAAUAUGCUGACUUUUAUGUAACCCCAUCAGAUCAUUGACCAGAAAAACUGGAAGUGUUGAGUGGCAGGUAGCAGAGGAGCUGCAGAUUUUCUGCUUGUAUUGGCAUCUAUUGUUCCUCCUGAGCAGCAACCCACAGUAGGUAGGAAAAUGGCUGUUUAACAGGCCUGGCCAAGCUCUCAUGGAGCCACUGGCAUCAGAUGGCAAAGUGACUUGCUGCCUGGUUGCUGUCUGUUGAACAGACUUUUGGAUGAAGUGUGUUGGGGAAGAGGAUAAUAUCUAGGACAACUCUGAGUUGGUCCAUCAGAUAAGUACCAUGAUGGUAAGAGAAAAAAACACUGGGAUCAAAAUACAUGAUGGAUGAAAUUCUUUACAUGUUUUAGUGGAAUGAAUUUAUUUAAUAUAAUAAAGUUUGCUACUUAUCUGUAUGUAGGUUGCUAAAAAGGAUUUUCUUAACUCAGAUUUUAAGCCAAAUAACCAUUUAACACCAGUAUCUGUUAAAUGGAGUAUUUUUCUGUAUUUGUAGGUUCACUGUGAUAAGGGAUCUGAUGAUUAUGUGCAUCGAGAAUAUUUUGAAAAAUAAUCAGUUGACGCAAAUUUCAUUUCUUGGUCUUUGCUAUUUAAAUGAUGAUUUCAAAAGAUUAAACUUGUACUGUUGGUAUUGUGUAGUAUAUGGACCAAUAUUGCCUGUAAUAAAAGAUUUUAUAUAUAGAUGACUUUCA